CCAGAAUCUUUAUUGUUUUUUUCAUUCCUUACCCAUAAAAAAAAAGUAUGAUAUUCUAAGCUCAUUUAAUGAUGCUGUUUUAAUUUGUUACCUUAUAAUAAUUACUAUUACUACUAUCAGUUAUUAGUAAUCAAUUUUUUUGUUUUUAAUAAAACAAUUAUAUAUUGAUAUUUUUGAAGUUUUGCUGCAAUUCAAGACUUCUCGUAGAAAGCUCAUGAGUAUUGCAAAAAAAUAAUUCAAUGAUUCAUUUAUUCAUAUUUUCAUCAAGAAAGAGGAUGUGGGUCUGAGGAAUGGGAACAGAAGUUCACUAUAAGAACUCGUUCCCGGGACAUUACUCCAUGAGAAAUGGUAAUGAAGAUUCUAAUAGUAGCAGCUGGCAUCUCUUUAACUCGUUAUCAAAUGGCCACUAUUACGAUGGUUUUACUCCACGAACCAUCACAGACGCGUAUUUAGGUCAUGGUAAAGAUGACUUAAAACAUAAAAUGCUUCAACACGAAGCUAUCUUUAAGAACCAGGUUACUGAGCUCCACCGUCUAUAUAGAAGACAGACAGACAUGAUGGAAGAAGUUAAAAGAAAGGAGUGCCAUAAGUACCAUAUUUAUAUCGACACGUCAUCUUCAUCAAGCCUCAUGCCCUCUCAAAAACCUUAUGAAGAUGCUAACAGGUGGCAGAAUCCUAGCUUCCCGAUGGGGAACUCUACAUCUAGGCCGUUCAUUUUUGGUGCAGAUAUAAGUAAUUCUCCCUUAAGUUGCUCAAAAGGAAACGGUUCAAAGGAUUGUGAAGUGGUUAAAUGUAGACCUUCAAAGGUAAGGAAAAACUUAUUUGAUCUUGAACUUCCGGCGCAUGAGUACAUUGAGCCAGAGGAAGGUCAACAGACUGUAGAUAACCAGGGUUCUGAAAUCUCGAGCUACAAACAUAUAGAAAACGGCACUAUUCAAAAAAAUGGACGGAAGACAUUUCUUGAUGAGAGUCAUAUAAAAGAUGGUUCCAAAAAUGGUCAACACUUUAAGCAGUCUAAUGGGUUGGCUGAUCUUAAUGAACCAGUUUACAUUCAAGAAGCAACCACCCCAGCCUCUGUUGACUUUCUUGGUUCGUCUGCCAAACUAGCGGAAUUUAAUCAUUCAUUGUCUGAAAGUAAAGUCAUUGGAAGAGAUAGGUUUUCAUCUUGUCUGCGUGAAUCAGGGAGCGGUAGAAGCAACAUGAAUUACACAUCUCAAUGUUUUGAAUCUAGCCGGCUGCAGAGAUCUGAUACUCUGCGGCAUUUGCAUGGUAAGAAAGUUCAACCUGGAGGAACAGAAAUUUCUUCAAAAUUUCAAGAUCAUUCCCAUUUUAAUCAAUCCCCUUCACUCUUUAGCACUGGUAGCGCAUACCCGUUUAUUAGUUCCUCUAAUCUGGGGAAUUCUUGGUCCUCCUCGGGUCAAUCAUGGGAAAAGUCAAAUGAUAGCUUGUCUCGUAAGUUAACCCCGUUUCAAACACAUCCUUCAUGUCUAUCAUCUCCCAAGAGCCAUGAGGUUUUAAGAGACAAGUGGCAGAAAAAUGGCAACGGGUUUUACAACGGCUCAUCAUCCAGUUCAAAAGAUUUAUUGGCUCAUUUGCCUUCAGUUGGUUUUGAUUAUCGUAAUCGAGGUAUACAUAAUGAUGGGUCACAAAAGAUCUUUAAAGGCUCAAACUUCGUGGACUUAACUGAUACUGCCAAAGUCAUGGACUUGAAUGCCGUUCAAACAUUGUCUGAUGAUGAUGAAAAAUCAAGAAAAUGUGAUCAAACAGUGCCAUCAUGGCUUUUAGCUAAGCCUGUUGUAUGUAAAAAUGACUUUAAAAAGGACGACCAUGUGGGUGAUAUGCCAAAGGAGGAAGAUGAUUCACUUUUAGCUGCUAAAAAUAAUCUAUCAGGGCUUCCGAUUUUUGGUGACUUUUGUAUUCCGAAAAAUGAUGAUUUGGUUUCGACCUCUGCAUCAAUUGAACACAGAGGAUUUGACAUCAAUGUCGCCUGGGAGGAGGUCAGUGCUUCUGAACAUAUAGACAAACAGACUGAUGUCAAAACAGAUUCGGAAACCAAGAGUCUCAAGAAUCAUUUUGACUUAAAUUCGUGUGUGACCGAGGAUGAUGAUUUGUUGGUAGAAGAAUCUUUCAAAAGCUCGAAAAUGAGGACAAUGGAUAUAGAUUUAGAAGCACCUGCUGUUUCAGAGACCGAGGACGAAGAUAAUCACAAAGAAACUGAACCAAAACCAGAUCAUUCCGAAAGUGAUGAGCUUGCAAAGAUUGCAGCCGAAGCUAUUGUUGCAAUAUCCAGCCAGAAAGUUAAAGCAGAGCUCGUUUCUAAUGCAGGCAAUGAGGACUAUCCGCUUUUAUGGUUUGUUGAGGUGAUUGAUUCGUGCGUGAAAAACGUGAUUUCCCCCCCUCGUGAAAUCGAUGAAUACGAGAUGUUGACUUUACAGUUAGAGGAGACUAAAGAAGAAGAUUAUAUGCCUGCACCGGUGGUUCUUGAUAUUCAGGAACCAGAUGAAGUGUGUCAUGCAGUAACGAGCAGACCACGGCGAGGGCAAGCAAGAAGAGGUAGGCCACGGAGGGAUUUCCAAAGGGAUAUUCUUCCAGGUAUGGCUUCAUUGUCUAGGCAUGAGAUAAGUGAAGAUCAUCAAAUAUUUGGAGGGUUGAUGAGAGCUACAGGGCAUUCUUGGAUAGGAUCUACAAGGAAAAAUGGGAAAAAGAUUGGAACACGUGGUAGGCUGAAGGUGAAGGCGGUGGAGAUAAUUCCGGCUGCCAUUGCACCACUGUCUCCUCUGCUAUCGCCAUCUAAGCCGUCUAACAAUGUUGAGGUGGUGGGAUUGGAUGAAAGAAGCUUGACAGGGUGGGGUAAGACGACCAGACGGCCUCGAAGGCAAAGAUGUGCUGCAGGUAAUUCAGUAGCUGUUCAGUCAGUGUGAUAUUUAUGGAAAACGGUGAACUGUUGUUGGCUUUCUGGUGCUGAUAUCAUUCUAAACAGCCUCCUCAGGGUUUCUUAUGGAUACAUACUAAGAUCAAAAUGACAGUUAUCAGCUGAAAAGGUUUUAGUUUAUAAUGCUAAUCAAGUGGAACUCAUUCAGCAAUGUUUUCUGGUAACUUUACAUAGUGUUCUACAAUUAUUUGGUCAAGUGCUCAACCCAUGUUUUUAGUUUGUCUAAAGUGAUGAGCAGGUGAUGUUUUUGACUGAUUUACACAUUUGAAAAAGAAAUCAACUUAAAGUGUUUGAGAAUUCGUUUUUGUAUUUCUAAAUACUUGUGGGCGUUUUCGUUUAGUAGAUCUCUUGGCUCGAAGGUGUUUACCGGUUGAACCAUGGGUGGCCAUGAGAAGGAUUUUUUAACUGCAUCCCUUUAAUGUAUAUGGUUGGUUCCUAGUAUGUGCUCAUAGUGAUACCUGUUUUCAGAUGAAAAUUGUGACAGUCGACUCAUUUGAGUAAAAAUCUUUGCAACUAAGUAUUUUGACAGUCAGAAAGAAUGUCCAUAAUAUCAUGAAGAAAGAAUGUUCGACACUCUAAAGAUGUCAUCAAAUCUAAUAACGAGGCACCCAUCUUUGGUUCAUCCGUAUUGCUCCGAUUGAAUAAAGAAAUAACUCAACAUUCUUUAGGAUGAAACCAGCCCCAUAUGGGUGAAGGGUUAUUUGUACAGAGUUCCACUGAUUGACUGCAAGUAAUAUAAGAGCUAGUGAGCGGUUUUCAUUCCCAUCAGAAAAGGGGUCAGAGUGUAACGCACGUGGAAGAGCACAAAGCUCAAUCUAAGGUUAUUAGUUCUUGUGCUUCUUCUCCUUGAGAUAGUUGCUUUUUUGAAAUGAUGGCAGAUGGCAAAGACAGCAAUGGGAUGCCAGUUUGCUUACUACAUGUCCUUUAUGAACAUAAAGUGAAACUAUUGUCUCCAUGUGAUAAUCAUUCAUCAUCUAAACGCCUUAGGAGCCAAGCUAGUUUGUACUUGAGUUAUACGAACGGGUCUAGGCCCGACACUUGUGUUCAGCCCAUUUUAGUCACAUUUCUGAUAGGCCCAUUUUGUACCUUUGUACACAUCUAGUUUGCUUUGUAGGAUGCAAUGUAAUAUUUUAUUAAGCAGUUUGGCAUUUGCUUA